AUGUCGGACGUUGGAGACGACAGCUUUCACGUCACACGUGAAGGCUACUCCCAUCCGAGUGACUCAGAAUGGGAGGUAGUCGGCCGCAUGAGUGUGCUCAUGGGCGAACCCGCCAUCAGUGGCAUCUUGGAGUCUCUAAGCAGAGCCCAGCAGCACGAUGCUAUCAACAAGUUCCUACAAGGGGACCUUGCCGUCGAAAGACAGAAUAUAGCCUUGCUACAACAGCAAGGCUCCCAUCAGUGGAUGGGCAGGCCGACGCACAUGCGUCGACCCGAAACCUUGAAGACAGAUAUCUCAAGGUACAAGGGAACCGAUGAAGAUAUCCUUUUGAGAUGGUUCGUCGAGUUAGACGACGUCGCAAGGGACCGUCACAUCGAGGGUGACGAGAUGCAAGUCACCUUAGCCCUGUCAAAUUUGACAGGACGAGCAAAGACUUGGGCCUUAGGGCUCAAGCUUCAUGACCCAAACGUGUUUGAGUUGUUUGAGUCCUUGAAGUCUCGGCUCAAAGAGACGUUUUAG